AUGAACAUGAGGCAGCGCGCGCGGUUCUGUUGGCUCGUUAUACAGGCUCUGCUAUGUUUUUCUACACUAGUGCAAGCGAAGAGGAAACUCGUCGCAACGUCGCUGGUUACAUGUAUGGAGAACUCCCAACUCUCCUCGAAUAGUUUCGACGUUGUGUUUGAUCCGGAUGACAGGUCGCUGCACUAUACGCUCGACCUGACCACGGAUAUUAACUCGUAUAUUUAUGCGGAUAUCGAUGUGUACGCUUACGGGUUCAAAAUUAUUACCAAAAACGUCGACCUGUGCAACAUAAACUGGAAACAAUUCUGCCCCGUGCAUCCAGGGCGUAUAGAAAUCGAGUCAAUAGAGUAUUUGUCCCAGGAUUUGGUAGCCGAUAUCCCGGGGAUCGCUUACCAAGUACCAGAUAUAGACGCUUACGCUAAAGUGUACGUUUACUCGAAUACUAGUGAGUACCUGGCCUGCAUACAGGUUUUCUUCAGUAAUGGGAAAACUGUGUCACAGACUGGUGUCAAAUGGGCCACCGCAGUAGUAGCAGGUAUCGGACUGCUUCUGUCCGCGUUGUUGUCCACUUUCGGGAACUCAACUGCCGCGUCGCACAUUUCAGCCAACACAAUGUCUCUGUUCCUUUACUUCCAGUCGGUCGUUGUUGUCUCCAUGCAACAUGUGCACAGAGUGCCACCUAUCGCGGCCGCAUGGAGUGAGAACCUCGUGUGGUCUAUGGGGCUGAUCAAAAUCCAUUUCAUGCAGAAAAUCUUUAGAUGGUUCAUAGACUCGACUGGUGGGACCAGCUCACUGAACUUGACAGCUACAAACAAGUCUGUGCUUACGCAGAGGUCGCUACAGUAUGUCAACACGCUGUUCAGAAGGGCAAACGAUAUUUUGUACGGGAACAGGAAUACGAGUAUCUUCAGAGGGAUCAAGAGGAUGGGGUACAUGAUGGGUAUUGAAAACACAAAUAUCGUCGCUACAGGGUUCACCUUCUUCGUAUUAUGUGGAUAUGUCCUUGCUGGGUUCAUCAUGGUCUGCAAAUAUUCAAUUGAACUGUCCAUCAGAGCAGGUUGGAUGAAACCAAACAGAUUUGUGGAAUUUAGACAAAAUUGGAAACUGAUCUUGAAGGGUGCCCUAUUGAGAUACAUUUACAUUGGGUUCACGCAGUUGACGAUUUUGAGUUUCUGGGAGUUUACUGAGGUGGAUUCUGGUGCAGUUGUCACUAUUGCGUGUCUGUUUGUCGUUUUGUCUGUGGGACUGAUGGCUUGGUCGUCCUAUAGAACGUGGUUCUUCGCUCGAAAAUCCAUACAAGAGUACAAUAACCCAGCAGCGCUCCUUUACGGUGACCAGUUCGUUUUACACAAAUACGGGUUCAUCUACACAAUGUUCAAGGCAUCAUUCUACUGGUGGAAUGUCGUCCUAUUGGGCUACGUGUUUGUGAAAUCGUUGUUUCUUGGAUUCGCUCAAGGGUCGGGACAAACUCAGGCUUUGACGUUGUUCAUUCUCGACUUGUUCUAUUUCGUCGCGCUCAUCUACUACAAGCCUUAUCUGGACAAGCCUACAAACAUCAUGAACAUUUUCAUCUGUGCUGUCACUUUGGUCAACUCCUUUUUAUUCCUAUUCUUUUCAGACUUGUUCAAGCAGCCUUACAAAGUCUCUGCAGUCAUGGGCUGGAUAUUCUUCAUUAUGAAUGCUGCAUUCUCAUUCCUGCUAUUGAUGAUGAUCAUCGCAUUCACUUUGAUGAUCGUGUUCUCGAAGAACCCAGACCUGCGGUUCAAAGCAGCAAAGGAUGACAGAACUUCAUUCCAAAGACAUACCAGUGUUCCCGAUGAAAAGGACGGGCUGGGCGAACUGGCUGCUCUCGGGGAGCUGGCAAAAGACCAUGACGAUCACUGGGAGGAUAUGAUGGAUGGAUCGAGCAGAAGUCCUGGUAACAUAUUUGCUUCUGAUACAGCCUUGAUAGGUACAAAUGAUCCUCAUUCCACUGAAAGCAACAUUCCAUUGGAUUCAGAAAAAAUGUAUGGAGGUUUGAAUAACGAAGCGGUAGUGAAUGACCCAUUUGAAGAACACGCCCAUAUAGUAACAAACGGAGAAUCCACAUCAGUGAUGCCUUCCAACCAUUCCAACUUGAACGACAGCGACGACGAACUUAUAGACCCAUUCAGAGAUCAGAAUCAUCCCAACAAUCCAAGAAAUAGGGAUUCACUAUUCGUGGAAUCUCAGUCCUUUAUCAUCCCCUCAUUGGACGACGGCGCCAAUUACGACCAUACCAGCGGUGUAAGUAGGGACCACCAUUAA